AUGUAUUGGCCAUUUGCUCCUGCGUCAGAUGCUUGGAGGCAAUCUCUUGGAUCCCCUUUGAUGCACACGUGCUCAAAGGCUGAUUUCGACAUGUUGUUUACCAGCGCUGCGUUAUAUGCUUGGAAACAACCUCUUGGAUCCCCUUUGAUGCAUGCGUGCUUAAAGGCUGAUUUCGACAUGUUGGUUACCAGUAUACUUUUUAUUGGCGCAUUCUUUCUCUCUGACAAGAUGUAUGAUUCCACUAUUGAAGAAUAUCUCAACACUACCAGAUACAAUGAAUGGUCAAUCCUAUCUAUCUUGAAAUACACAGAAUCCAAGCAUGGUUUAUGUAUUGAUAAUGUCAACAUCCUCAAGGAUGAGAUCUACACAACGUUACGACGCCACUACCAUCGAGAAAAUAUGCAACAAAGAGCGAUCAGUAAAUUGGACAAACUUUUAAAAAGUUAUGAUAAGUAUUUCAAUGCAAUGGAAGUUGAACAAUUUAUGAAUGAGCUUCGAAAAAAAGAAGAAGAAAGAAAUUUGCAUACAUCAAUACGUCGAAAUAUGAUAGUUUCCUACAAUGUGGAGGCACUUAAAGAUCAUCACCAGAAUAAGAAGCAAUUAAUGAAUAACAAAAAUAUUCAUACUAAUAGGAACAAUCAAGUAAACGAAGUAGAAAAGCAAAAUGAAAAUGCAAGUGAUGUCGUCUCAGAAAAAGAUAUCUUUGAUUUUGACGUGGAUGAUGAUACUGAUGAUCAAAUGCAAGAACUUGAAGCAACAACAAAUAUGAGAGAGGAUGAGUCCGAUAACAAAUGGAUUCUUUCAACAGGGAAAGACGUUUAUAAGGUUUUAAACGAGUUUAAAUCAAAAAUUCCGCUGACAAAGGCUUAUCUCUACCCAGCAUACUUUGGGAUUCUCGACUUGUCCGGAGAAGAACCAGAAAUCAAGGGAUUAUUUACUGUUGAAGAAUGGGCCGAAAUGAAGGCAGACUUUAACAAGACAGUGGUGCUUAAGGAAACGGAUCCAAAGGAGGAAGAGUUACUCUAUGACUUGUUUGACAAAAUUGAGAAGGUACUUAAGAGAAAAUCAGACGAUAUUGUCACGGAUAUAGAAGAAUGUAUCAUUAAGGGACAUCCAAAGAUAAAUGUAAUAAGAAGACUGAUUCAAACAUAUGCUUACAAUCUGGAUCGGUCAAAGGUAUUCAUGUCAGAAGGUUCUUUCUCAAAUAACUUUACUAAUAUGAUGACUAAGGGUAUUAUUACUUAUUAUCAGAAAUUCGCAGGAGAAAUACAAAGUCUUUCAUCAGCGAUGAUUGCAAACCUAAAUAAAAAACUAGUUGACAGGUCGUUGAUUGGGCAACGUUGUGAUUUCAGGAUCACUUGUGAUGGUUUUGAGGCAGUCAUUGGACUGCGAUCAGGAGGACUACCCGAAGCUUGUAGUUCAAAAAGAUGGAAUGAUAAAGUUGACCUUAUGGUUGCUAUGCGUGAUGUCUUGCUCCAAGAAGCAAUAGAAAACAAUGGUGUGGAAUGUACAGACUUUAGGAAUUUGUAUACAUUUGGCGUCCAUUCUUAUGGUUUUUAUUACAACUUGUACGCAUUGGAUUGGAAAGCAAAAGGUCUAUGGCGGUUAGGCCUCAUGAAGAAAACAAAACUACCUCAAUCGAACAAUCAAUUAUUAAUAAUUGAAAAGUUAACAACAUUGCUGUUGCGAAUUGAGAUUUGUCUCUGUCACCAUUCUCUGGCAGUCAAGGCGUCACGGUUGCACCGAGAUCGACGCAGCUCAAUUCAUCCUAAACCAUACACAUUUUCUGAGCAAGGAUGUGUAAGGCGUAAACGUAUUCAAAAAGAUAGUCAAAAUUUCCUUUAG